AUGGAUGUCGUGGCGGAUGAAUUGACCGUGACUGUCGGCGAGGGCCGGAAGCUGUUGGAUCAUGUGAGCUGUUCUAUCGAUGCCACCGAGAUGGUGGCUUUAAUGGGGCCCUCAGGGGCUGGGAAAACCACGCUGCUGAAUUGCAUGGUGGGGAGAAGCGCGGGUGGCGUCAUGCAAGGCGCCAUCACCUACAAUGCGCAGCAGCUUUCGAAAGUUCGCGCAAACAUUGGCUACGUGACACAGGAGGACAUCAUGUAUGAGACCCUAACACCGCGGGAAAACCUGACAUUCGCAGCUGCCUUCAUUUUGCCCAAGGUCUCCAAGGAAAACCGCAGCAAGGAGGUGGAAAACGUCAUCGAAAAGCUGAAUCUCACGAAGUGUGCGAACACGGUGGUUGGGUCGCCCGGCCUUGUACGUGGCAUCUCAGGAGGUGAGCGGAAACGCACCAACGUGGCCCUGUCGUUGUUGGGGAACCCCUCACUGCUGCUGUUGGAUGAACCCACCAGCGGCUUGGACUCCAAGAUGUCUGACUCCUUGAUGAGAGAUGUGAAGCACAUCACCGAGCAAGGUUGCACCGUGGUUGCUACCAUCCACCAACCUUCCGAAGCAGUGUUCAUGCGCUUUGACAAGGUUUUGCUGUUGGAGACAGGUAGGGUUGCCUACUAUGGUUUCAUCUCCAACCUGCGGGCCUCUCUUAAUGGCCUGGGAUUUUCUUGUCCUGCAGGGGUCCCAUUGCCUGAGUUGCUCCUAGAUAUUUUGGAGCCGCCUGGAGAAGCGGCUCAAGCUGCAGCUCACCGAGACAGAUUGAGAAAGCUGAAGCAGUUCUCGCAUGCAGAAAGUGCGAUGAAGGGUUCAUCCGAGCCAGCCAUUGAUAGCACCAAAGCAACGGACAGCCGAGCCAAUUUCUGCACGCAACUUGUGGUGCUUCUGAGGAGGGAGAUGGUGAAUGUGAAACGAAACAAGGCCCUUACAGUCGUUCGCACUGUCCAAACAGUGGCGUCCUCACUUCUGAUCGGCUUGAUCUUCCUGCAGAUAGAGCGCAACAUGUCAGGCCUUCAGCCGCGCUUGUUCUCGAGUUUCCUGCUGGUAUUUGCGCAGUUCCUCUUUGCCUUGUUGGGGGUCGUCAAUGCAUUCCCGGCAGAGCGGGCAGUGUUCCUGCGCGAGACGCAGGACAAGCUCUACCAUCCAGCUGCUUUCUACCUGGCGAAAGUCUUGGUCGAUACGCUGAUGCAAAGCUUUUUCCCUCUCUUGGUGCUGGCCAUCAGCUACCCACUCAUCGGCUUGAACGGAGAAUCAGCUGAUCGGGUCCUGUGGUUCUAUGCCAUCAUGGCCGUCAGCUCGAAUUGCGGUGCUGCGGUGGGCUUCAUGGUCUCAGCAGCCGUGCCCAGUGUGAACCUGGCCCUGUCCAUUGCACCGGGGCUGGUGAUGCCACAGCUGCUGCUGGCUGGCAUCUUCAUCAAGGUAGAAGACCUGCCACAGCCUUUCAAUGCCCUCAGCUAUUUGAUGGUCGCACGAUACGCGGUGCAAGCAACAGUGGUGAAUGAGUUCAACUGCGUUGCGAAGGAUGAUUGCCUGCCUCAGGCUGGGCGCGCAUGGUUGGCAUUUAUACAUCUUUUGGAAUCAUCAAGUGAGGCAGGUGUUUGUGUACCAUCUUCAGGUAUGGAGGAACAGUUCGGCAGAUCUUUGCGACCAAUCCCCUUGCGAUUUCUGCUGCACCAGCCACGAGAUGAUGGCGGCAGGUGGCGGCUCCAAACAGGUGGACUCUGUCCUGUGCUGUCCUGUGAAGAUGCUCUGGCAUUUCUGGGCAUGGACCAGAUUUGGCCCAUGGGAGGAAGCCAUGAGGAGAUCUGA